CAUAGUUGGCAUACUGUUGUCUAGCAACAGAUAAACAAAUUUUAUUCCAAAGAUAUCUUAUAUUUCAGUCUUAACGAAACUGCACCAAGGAUAUCCACAAAAAUCUAUUUAUUAUAUUCGAUUGAUAUUAAAUUUCAGUUGAUUUUCAAAAAUAUGGACAAAGAGCAACAAAGCGAUCAAUUAUUAAGUCGGAUUCGCAAUGAACUGACUGCGAUUCUGGCCGAAAAUGCCAGUAACGAUCCGGAGCGUAAGAUUUCAUAUGAGAUGAUUAUGAAGCCAACUCCAUUGCCCAGCUUGGAGACCAAGAAUCGUUCAAAACAAACAAAGACUGCCAAACACUCUGGACCAUUUCAUCGUCCACAAUCAUUUCGCCAGGCGGUUGGCGGAAAAUCGAUUACCAUGAAGCCAUCGCAUCAACGAUUUGACAUUGGCCAAAAGCAAUCCAAUGAGGGGAUGUCCUCAUCCAGUGUAGCUUCAGCAGCAUCAUUGUUAUCUUCACGGCUAUCCAGCUUGGAGCGCAGCUUGGCAAUGGAUUUCAUGGAAUCACAAAGUGCAAAGACCAUGGAUGAAGAUUUACAGAAAAUGCAAAUGGAAUUGGGACAAAGCUAUAAACUGUUCCAAGACAUUGGACAAAAGCUCGAGUCCAUAAACUUUAGCUGUCUUAAGACACGCAUACGUGACUUACAUUUAAACAACAACAAUGACCUGGACAAGAUCACAACAAUGCAGUUAAAGAAAUCGUUUGAGUCCAGUUAUUUACAGAAUCAUUUGGGUAAAAUAACCAAAGAUGUUAGUGAAAAUUUUCGUCGACAUCCGGGCGAAUUUGGUGACAUCCCCGAAUUAAGCAGCUUCUUCAAAGCGUGCGCGCAACUGGAACACGGUUUGGAUGCACUGAAGCAACAGCGCAAAAGCAGCAGCGAGCUGGAGAAGCGUCUUUGUUGGGCCACUGAGAUCGCAUACAAUCGGAUGCAUGAGAUUCGCAAUUCUGUUGGCGACAAGCCAAAAACAAAUUUUUAAUCAUUUUUAUUCAACUUAAAUAUAUUUAUUUCUCCGACUCAUUUACACAA